AUGUUUGAAGGGUUUGGUCCAAAUAAGAAACGUAAAACGUCGAAGUUAGCCACAGAGCAAUCUUUAGCACAACAACCUUGGGUUGAAAAAUACAGGCCUAAAAACCUAGAUGAAGUGACAGCUCAGGAUCAUGCGGUUACAGUUUUGAAAAAAACCUUAAAGUCAGCUAACCUACCACAUAUGUUGUUUUAUGGCCCCCCAGGAACAGGUAAAACGUCCACCAUAUUAGCACUGACUAAAGAACUAUAUGGUCCAGAAUUGAUGAAGUCAAGAAUACUAGAAUUGAAUGCUUCUGACGAACGUGGUAUCUCUAUUGUGAGAGAGAAAGUAAAAAACUUCGCAAGAUUGACAGUAUCUAAGCCUAGCAAACAUGACUUGGAGAACUAUCCAUGUCCACCAUAUAAGAUAAUUAUCCUUGAUGAAGCCGAUUCAAUGACAGCUGACGCACAAAGUGCACUGCGUAGAACUAUGGAAACAUAUUCAGGUGUAACGAGGUUCUGUUUGAUUUGUAAUUAUGUCACAAGAAUUAUUGACCCGUUAGCAUCACGUUGUUCCAAAUUUAGAUUCAAAGCUCUAGAUGCAAACAACGCCAUUGACCGUUUAAGAUACAUCAGCGAGCAAGAAAAUGUUAACUGUGAAGACGGAGUACUGGAAGGAAUCUUGGACAUCUCAGCAGGUGACUUAAGGAGAGGUAUUACGUUAUUACAAUCUGCUUCCAAAAGAGCACAAUAUUUGGGCGAUGGUAAAAACAUAACUUCGGCACAAGUAGAAGAAUUAGCUGGCGUGGUACCUCAUGAAAUUCUAAUAGAAAUUAUUAAUAAAGUCAAAAGUGGUGAUUUUGAUGAAAUUAAUAAAUACGUGAAUACCUUCAUGAAGAGUGGUUGGUCUGCUGCUUCAGUAGUAAACCAAUUGCAUGAAUAUUACAUCACCAACGAUAGUUUUGAUACGAAUUUCAAGAAUCAAAUAUCAUGGUUACUGUUCACUACAGAUUCUAAGUUGAACAAUGGUACGAACGAGCACAUCCAAUUAUUGAACUUACUAGUUAAAAUAUCUCAACUCUAA